AUGGGUAGUUUGGAAAACUUCAGUAUUUUGCUGGGAACGUCUUCGAGUGUAGAAGGGUGGGUACAGAAGUUUGUUCUCCUUGCUGUAUCUGAUUUCCGUGCUUAUUUUUCACAGUAUGGGUGGGAUCACUCAGUUCACAAAAGGAAAAGACUCCCCCCGGUGAAAAGGUCCCUGGUGUACUACCUGAAAGGUAGAGAGGUCAGGAUGCAGAAUGAGUCCAGCUAUCACCGCUUGUUGCACGGGUACGCAGCCCAGCAGCUUCCCAGCCUCCUGAAGGAGAGAGAAUUUCACCUCGGAACCCUCAAUAAAGUGUUUGCCUCCCAGUGGCUGAACCACCGACAAGUGGUGUGUGGGACAAAAUGCAACACAUUAUUUGUGGUAGAUGUCCAGACUGGUCAAAUUACCAAGAUUCCUAUUCUGAAAGAUCGUGAACCCGGCAUGGUGAACCAGCAGGGAUGUGGUAUUCAUGCCAUUGAGCUCAACCCAUCGAGGACCCUUCUGGCCACAGGUGGAGACAACCCCAACAGUCUUGCAAUUUAUCGUCUGCCUACACUUGAUCCUGUCUGUGUGGGAGAUGAUGGUCAUAAGGACUGGAUAUUUUCAAUUGCGUGGAUCAGUGAUACUAUGGCUGUUUCUGGUUCACGGGAUGGUUCGAUGGGUCUCUGGGAAGUCACAGAGGAUGUGUUGUCCAAAAGCGAUGCCAGGCAUAAUCUCUCUCAAGUUCCUGUCUAUGCCCACAUAACACAUAGAGCUCUGAAGGAUAUCCCCAAGGAGAACACCAAUCCUGACAACUGCAAAGUCCGAGCAUUGGCUUUCAACAAUAAGAACAAGGAGCUGGGAGCUGUGUCCCUAGAUGGGUAUUUUCAUCUUUGGAAAGCAGAGCACACAUUAUCAAAGUUACUUUCCACAAAGUUGCCAUACUGCAGGGAGAACGUGUGUUUGGCUUAUGGUCAGGAGUGGUCAGUGUAUGCAGUAGGAUCCCAGGCACACGUCUCCUUUCUGGAUCCCAGGCAGCCUUCUCACAAUGUUAAAUCCGUCUGUUCCAAGGAACGAGGCAGUGGUAUUCGAUCGGUGAGCUUCUACGAGCACAUCAUCACAGUGGGAACAGGGCAAGGUUCCUUAUUGUUCUAUGAUAUCAGAGCCCAGAGGUUCCUGGAUGAAAAGCCCCCACGUGCCUGCUAUGGACAGAGGCAGAAAUUAGGAGGAAGUGAAAUACUGAAGUUGACGACGGGGAAAGGCUGGCUGAAUCAUGAUGAAACCUGGAGGAAUUAUUUUUCUGACAUAAAUUUCUUCCCAAACGCUGUUUACACCCAUUGCUACGACUCAUCUGGAACAAAACUCUUUGUGGCAGGAGGCCCCCUUCCAUCAGGACUUCAUGGGAAUUACGCUGGUCUCUGGAGCUAAUGAUAACUCUUUAUAAAUGCUGAUCUUUACACAGAUUUCCACUUUUCUUUUCCUUUUUUUAACAACAGAAUUGUGUGAUGCCAUUGAUUUCUGAUUUAAAUGCAAGUUAUUUUUUGGCAGAGUUUUCUGUUGGUCUCCUGGUUUUGUACAUCUUUUUGAACCAGUUUUUUCUUUAACCUUCUUGAUCCUUUAUAUGAAGGGUGUUUGAAAUCCCUUUUUAUUGUAUUUACUCCAAAUGACUCUUCUCCCACAUUUAGGCUAUCUUGGCCAUGUGCCCUCUCCCCUACUUUGCUGUGAGGUAGGAUUCCUUUCUUAUAGAGUGGUUGCUCCUGGGCUUUCUGUGAAAGUCUAGGGGCUGCGUGUGUGCAGGUACUUUGUGUCAGUUACAUUACCUGGAGUGAGGACUACUUGUAAUUAAGAAAUAUUAAAAAUAUUUAUAAGAGAUAAGCUACUACUUUAUCUGCAGAGCCUGGCCCUGGCCUGGGUUGAUCUUAUUUUUUAAAAGUACAAGUCUAAUGACACUGUUUAUAUGUAGAGGAAUUAUGGUAAUUUUAAGCUGUACUCAUUGGAGUCCAGGGAUGGAUUCCCCAGGGCUAUUGCCCAUCAAACCCAAACUGCAGAAGUGCAGGAGUUCUCAAAAGCGCGUUUGUAUUUGAACUGUAGUUUUCAGUAGUGCCAGGAGCAAAAAUUGAUCUUCUGUUCCUUCUCUGCCUGUCCCAGGUAUCAGCUUGUACAACUGGAAUUUGCAUAGGCUGUUCUGCAGUGUGGCUAUUGCAGGGUGACGUUACAUUGAGGGCCUGCAGAGUUGCUGAGAGCAAAUGGGGGCUAGGGAC